GCUCUCGAGCGCAUGCGCAGCGUGCAGUAAACAGCCAUUAGGACAGACAGACCUGUUUUUUAUCCCGGAGCUUGAUAGAAACGGAUAUUUCAAUCAUAUUGACAAAAAAACAGAGAUGAAAUAUGCGAGGAAACUUUACUGGCUGUUACUUUUUGCAGACUUGAAGAUUUAAAGAUCAUUAGCGUUUGACACAUCAUCAUCAUCAUUGUUUACUGACGUUUUUACUGUAAAGUUUGCAGUACAGAGAGAAAUCAUGCUCGGCGAUGCGUUUGGACAUCGCGUUGAAUCAAGCGUGGGUAAUAUAGCAGUCAAGGUAAACAUAUCUAAAGCCGUGAUCCUGAGGAAAAGAGGAAGAAACCUUCGCAGUAAAGACAACAAAGCCACUGCAAACAUCAGCAAAACCAGUUAUAAACCUACAAUUACCCAAGACGAGACUAAACCAGCCAACAAUAAACAGUCAAAAACACAAAGUGGUGACAGAGGAAGCCCGUCUGGUCGGCUGUCCUUGAACCUGAACAAUCAUAGACGACACGGCAGGCAAAGAAACACACCUACAGGCGAAUACAUCAAGAAAGUGAACGUUUGUUCUGAGCUCUCAUCGGACACAAACAAGACAUAUGCUGGAGCCAAAUUCAGCGAGCCGCCCUCGCCCAGCGUCCUCCCCAAACCACCCAGCCAUUGGGUGGGAGAACACGUUCAUCGGCAUGCACCUGCGCAGCCCGGCUGCAGCAAAGAGCAAAUGUCAGUGUACCUGAAAGGUUUGUUAAAGCUCCAUGUGAAAUCAUAAACAUCUUAGAAAAGUAGAUGGACUGAUAACAUCCUGUUGCAAAAGCUACUGAACUUUUGUUAAAGUUGUGUUUGAAGAGCGGCCUUUAGUUAAAUGAUUAUUCUAAAGACUGAAGAGUAAAAAAAAGAAGAUGAUUUUAGCUUAAAAGUGACAUCAGUUGUGGUGCCGAAGCUGGUUAAGCCUGUAUCAUGAGGGUUUUAAUGUUAAAUUCAUGCACUAGGAGAUUGCAAAACAAUUUGCACUAGACUAAAAAAGUCUAUGAGACCAUUUAGAUUGUGUUGGCUACAAGAUGAGCUGCUUGUAUAAGGGAAUGUAAUGUAAGUUUACCUUAUAUUGAAGCACUGUUUAACAUAAGCAGCUACUUGGUGGCCAUCUUCAAGCAUUGAGAUUUUCAUUUCCAGUGGACGUUUUGGUUUUCUGAAUGUGUCGUGUCUGUUAAUUCUUUGUCUGGACAUUUUAAAGUUUUUCUAUCACUGCCAAUACUAUGUUUUAACAGUAGUUGUAAAAUCUGCUUUAGUUUAAACACCACAACAGAUCAAAUUGGAAAAAAAUAUUUUUAUUGUUCUUUUCUUUCUUUGGAUAUAAAUAAUAGAAAUAAAGACGAAAUAAAGAUAUAGUUCCUCCCUAUAA